AUGGAAAGGGAAGGCGCCGGAACCACCGUUCCCGAAACGACGUCGCUGUUCCCCGUUCGUCCUCAAUCCUCCACCGGCGACGAGGAUAACGCUCCGGAAUGGCUUCGGAACACCAGCUUCACCACCGACCUCACCGUCAUAAACGACGCCGUAUCCACCCACUAUCAGCAAUCUCAACUCGAAGAAUUAUCGUCGGAAGAAGACGAAGAAAGGGCAGAGAAAAGUAAAGAAAAAUUGGCGCGUCCACAAUAUGAGUUGAUAGACUCGUCCGCUUCGGAUCGUGGCUCGUACAGUGAUGACGAAGAAAUGACAGAGAAGAGGAAAAAUCGGAAGAGGAAGAAGAAGAAGAGGAGAAGAAGGGAAUUAUCUAGUAAUGUAGCCUCAUUGCAUGAAUACGGACUCGCAUCCUCUUCUUCUUCUUCUCGAAAACCUGAUAUUCGAGCUUGGGCUUCUUCUACUUCAGAUACUACUGGUAGUACUAAAGAGUAUUACUUUGAUUCUAAGGGCGACCGCGAUAAUUUGGCCUUCGGUUGUAUUUACAGGAUGGAUGUGGCUCGCUACAAGCUCAAAAAUUCAAGAAAAUUUUCUGAUCUUAGCUUCUAUAGACGGAGACAGAAGAGCUCAGUCUUGGAUGGAGAUGAUGAUAUUGAUGGACUGAAUGGUAAACUUAGAUUGGAGGGUCGUUAUUGGUCAGCAAUGUUUGCUGCACUAGAGCGGCAUAAGAACUUGAAGCGAAUUAGGGUUCUUGCUCCUCAAAAGAUCGUUCCAACUGUAGCUGCUGAAUUCAUCCCUUUAUCGGAUGAUGGGGGUCCCAAUUUCAGAUCUUCAGGGGAUAAAGUAGUUGAGGAGUCAUGGGAAGAUGAGGUUUAUCGUAAAACCAAGGAGUUUAACAAGUUGACAAGAGAAAAGCCGCAUGAUGAGAAAGUUUGGUUAGCUUUUGCUGAUUUUCAAGACAAGGUGGCCAGGAUGCAGCCACAGAAGGGUGCUCGUCUGCAGACUCUUGAAAAGAAGAUUAGUAUACUGGAGAAGGCAACAGAACUAAAUCCAGAUAACGAAGAUUUAGUUCUUUCUCUUAUGAAAGCUUAUCAGAGUAGGGAUAGCACUGAUGUUCUGAUUGGUAGAUGGGAGAAGAUACUUGUGCAGAAUUCUGGGAGUCACAGGUUAUGGAAGGAGUUUUUGCAGGUUAUUCAGGGUGAAUUCUCUAGAUUUAAGAUAUCUGAGAUGAGGAAAAUGUAUGCCAAUGCAGUCCAAGCUCUAUCUGGUGCAUGUAGCAAGCAGUAUAGGCAGGUUCAACGACAUACUACUGGACCUUCUUCUGAUCCAGAACUUGUUCGUCUAGAACUUGGUUUAGUUGAUAUAUUUCUUAGCCUUUGCCAUUUUGAAUGGCAGGCUGGGUACCAUGAGUUGGCUACUGCUUUAUUUCAGGCAGAGAUUGAAUAUACUUUGUUUUGUCCAUCUUUACUUCUUAGUGAGCAAAGUAAGCGAAGACUUUUCGAGCAUUUUUGGAACAGUAAUGGUGCUAGAGUUGGGGAAGAUGGUGCUCUAGGCUGGUCAACAUGGCUGGGAAAAGAGGAAGAACAGAGGCAGAAGAUUGUUAACGAGGAGCUAUCUCAUAAAGCUGAAGAGGGUGGUUGGACAGGUUGGUCAGAUCCGCCGUCUAAAACCAAGGAUAUGAUGGAAGCUCUGGAAAAUGAUAGAGUUAGUGACAUGGCUAUUGAGGAAUCUGGUGAUGUCUCUGCAAGAGAUGAUGAGCAGGAUGAUGAUACUGAAGCUUUGUUGAAAAAGCUUGGCAUUGAUGCUUCUGCUGAUGCAAAUAAUGAGGUCAAAGACACUAAGACAUGGACUAAGUGGUCAGAAGAAGAGUUGGCAAGGGACUCUGAUCAGUGGAUGCCUGUUCGCACAAGAUCUGCUGGGGCUCCUCAUCAUGAUGAUGCAGAAGCUGAUGAGCAACUGUUGAGAGUAAUUUUAUAUGAAGACGUGACAGAUUACCUAUUUACGUUGAUUUCCGAGGAAGCUCGUUUGUCUCUUGUUUCUCAGUUCGUUGAAUUCUUUGGUGGACGAAUUUCUCAAUGGGCUUGCACUAAUAGUUCAAGUUGGGAUGGGACUACACGGAGUUUAGAUGCUUUUUCGUAUUCUAUCCUAGACAACUUGAGAAAAGUGCACAAUAUUCUGACUGAAAAGCAAAGCAUUCCAAUGAGUAUGCCUUUGGAAUGUCUUCUAAGCAGCUCGGAUGACAUUUCCAUGAGGACUAGUAUGAUGAAAUUUGUUCGAAAUGCUUCCUUGCUUUGUUUGAGUGCUCUUCCACAAAACUACGUUUUGGAGGAAGCUGUUCUUGUUGCUGAAGAGCUAUCAAACACACGAAUGAAUUCAUUGGUGUCUCCCGUUACUCCAUGCAGAGCUUUGGCAAAGAGCCUUUUGAAAAAUAAUCGACAGGACGUGUUGUUAUGUGGUGUCUAUGCACGAAGGGAGGCCGUCUCUGGCAAUAUUGACCAGGCAAGAAAGAUUUUCGACAUGGCAUUGCUAUCUGUUGGAGGGCUUCCAUUGGAUGUUCAGUCAAAUGCAUCUCUUUUGUAUCUGUGGUAUGCUGAGAUGGAGAUUUCAAAUAAAUCAGUUGAUAGAUCGGAAUCAUCACUUAGGGCUGUGCACAUUCUAUCUUGCUUAGGAUGUGGGGAAAAAUACACUCCAUAUAGUAGGCAAGCUUCCAGUUUACAACAGCUGAGAGCACGACAAGGGUUCAAAGAACGAAUACGAAUGCUAGGUCCACUAUGGGCACGUGGUAGAAUAGAUGAUUUUUCCACUGCUGUCAUAUGUUCAGCUGCUCUAUUUGAAGAACUGACAACUGGUCCAGCUGCUGCUAUUGAAAUUCUGGAUCAGGCAUUCACAAUGGUGCUUCCUGAAAGGAGGCGGCAAAGUUACCAGCUUGAAUUUUUGUUCAACUAUUAUGUGAAGAUUCUUUGCAAAUAUCACCAGGAAAUGAGGUUCUCAGAGAUAUGGGAUGCUAUUGUGAAAGGGCUGCAGAUGUAUCCUUUCAGUCCUUACCUGUAUAGUGCCUUGGUUGAAAUUAGCCACCUUCAUACUUCCCCAAAUAAAUUGCGCUGGAUUCUUGAUGAUUUCUGUAGCAAGAAACCAUCUAUAGUUGCUUUCUUCUUCUCUUUGUUGUUUGAGAUGAGCAAAGGAGGCUUGCAGCAUAGAAUUCGUGCAAUAUUUGAGAGGGCAUUGGAAAAUGCUGCAUUUCGCAAUGUGGUGGUACUCUGGCGGUGCUACAUUGCCUAUGAAAGUGUUGUAGCACAUGAUUUCUCUGCUGCUAGAAGAGUUUUCUUUCGAGCAAUUCAUGCUUGUCCAUGGUCCAAAAAACUAUGGCUGGAUGGUUUCCUCAGACUAAAUUCUGUUCUGACUGCCAAGGAGCUCUCAGACCUGCAGGAAGUCAUGCGGGAUAAAGAACUCAAUUUGAGGACCGACAUCUACGAGAUCCUUUUACAAGAUGAGAUGGAAAUAUGAUAUGAGUUGUUUUAAAUAUGAUGCAGUUCAAUCUUGGACUAGUGCAACAGAUUAUUGGCUUACAAGUUAUGAUUCGCGGUUGCACUUGUGCUAUGAUGGAAACUAUUUCUUCUAUGGUGGUUUUUGGGUGGAUGGAUUUGAAAGAUGAUUGCUGCUGACUGUGGGAUGAGGAGUUGGCGCAGGCGAGGAUGAGUAAAGUACUGUUAAAUCGAUGUAGUACUAUACAUGUGUUUAUAUGGUUAGAAUGCUCCAAAAUUUUCAAGUCAUAUCUGGAACUAUAGAGUGAGCAAGUACUACUAGCUUCCAGGCUCAAGAGUGCCUGCAGAUUGCUUUUGCAAGAAAGAGAGACACAAGUGGGGGGGAAGCUCCGUUGUAAUAUAUUUGCUGAAUUAGUUGUUCUUUGGUGUUGUGGGCUAUUUUCCUGGGAAGUUGUAAAUAUGAUAGAACAGAUUUUUGGUGUCACCUGAGUUCAGUUGUGAGAAAAAUGUCUUUAGAUUAAACGAACGUCAUUAGUCAAUGAAAAAUCUUUGUUGUGCC